AGGCAUUGCUAGAGAAGACUAUAAAAGAAUUUCAGCAUGAUUUUCAAUAUUCUGUCCCCAUCAUCAUCACCAACAACGAAAUAGCUAGCAACCAUGAAGUGGGAGGUAUCAAUUUUUUUAAUUUUUCUACUAAAUUUUACUGAAUCCAGAACAAUGCAAAAAAAUGCAUAUGGAAUAGCUUCCAUAUUGGAUUCUUCCCCAUGCUCUGCAGAGAUGAAUUUAGUUGACCUAGCUACCAUAUUUUUUGCCCAGUUUGUUCAAGAGGCCACUUACAAGGAAGUAAGUCAAAUGGUGAAAGAUGUAUUGACUGUAAUAGAGAAAUCCACUGGCAGUGAGCAGCCUGCAGGGUGUUUAGAAAACCAGGUAUCUGCCUUUCUGGAAGAAAUUUGCCAUGAAAAGGAAAUUCCUGGAAAGUAUGGGCUUUCAGACUGCUGCAGCCAAAGUGGAGAGGAAAGACAUGACUGUUUCCUAGCACACAAAAAGGCCGUUCCAGCAUCCAUCCCACCUUUCCAAGUUCCAGAACCUGUCACAAGUUGUAAAGCAUAUGAAGAAGACAGGGAGCUAUUUAUGAACCGAUACGUCUAUGAGAUAGCAAGAAGGCACCCCUUCCUAUAUGCACCUACAAUUCUUUCUUUGGCUGCUCAAUAUGACAAAGUAAUUCCACCUUGCUGCAAAGCCGAAAAUGCAGUUGAAUGCUUCCAAACAAAGGCAGCAUCAAUUACAAAAGAAUUAAGAGAAAGCAGCUUGUUAAAUCAACAUAUCUGUGCAGUAAUGAGAAAGUUUGGACCCCGAACCUUCCGAGCCAUAACUGUUACUAAACUGAGUCAAAAGUUUCCCAAAGCUAAUUUUACUGAAAUUCAGAGACUGGUCGUGGAUGUGGCCCACGUACACGAGGAAUGCUGCAGAGGAAAUGUGCUGGAGUGUCUGCAGGAUGGGGAAAAAAUUAUGUCCUACAUAUGUUCUCAGCAAGAUAUUCUGUCAAGCAAAAUAGCAGAAUGCUGCAAAUUACCCACCGCACUUGAACUUGGUCAUUGCAUAAUUCAUGCAGAAAAUGAUGACAAACCUGAAGGCUUAUCUCCAACUCUAAAUAGGUUUUUAGGAGAGACAGAUUUCAACCAACUUUCUUCAAGGGAAAAAGAUCUCUACAUGGCAAGAUUUACUUAUGAAUAUUCAAGAAGACAUACUAAGCUUGCUGUCCCAAUAAUUCUAAGAGUUGCUAGAGGAUAUCAGGAGUUAUUGGAGAAAUGUUCACAGUCUGGAAACCCUCCUGAAUGCCAGGAUAAAGGGGAAGAAGAGUUAGAGAAAUAUAUCCAGGAGAGCCAAGCGCUGGCAAAGCGAAGCUGCGGCCUCUUCCAGAAAUUAGGAGAAUAUUACUUACAAAAUGCGUUUCUUGUUGCUUACACCAAGAAGGCCCCUCAGCUGACCCCAGCUGAGCUGAUGACCUUGACCAGGAAAAUGGCGACCACGGGAGCCACUUGUUGCCAUCUCAGUGAGGACAAACAAUUGGCCUGUGGUGAGGGAGCGGCUGACCUUAUUAUUGGACUUUUAUGUAUCAGACAUGAAGAGACUCCUGUAAACCCUGGGGUUGGCCAGUGCUGCACCUCUUCAUACGCCAACAGGAGGCCAUGUUUCAGCAGCUUGGUGGUGGAUGAGACAUACGUUUCUCCGCCAUUCUCUGAUGACAAGUUCAUCUUCCAUAAGGAUCUGUGCCAAGCUCAGGGUGUAGCACUGCAAACAAUGAAGCAACAGUUUCUCAUUAACCUUGUGAAGCAAAAGCCACAAAUCACAGAGGAACAACUUGAGGCCGUCAUUGCAGAUUUCUCUGGCCUCCUGGAAAAGUGCUGCCAAGGCCAAGGGCAGGAAGUCUGCUUUGAGGAAGAGGGUCCAGCACUGAUUUCAAAAACUCGUGCUGCUUUGGGAGUUUAAAUUACUUCAGGGGGAAGAGAAAAGACCAAAAGUCUUUAUUGUUUGGUGUGAACUUUUCCCUUUAAUUCUAACUGAUUUGUGCUUUUUGUGAAUUAAAGAAACGAUGAAGACUUUUAUGUGAAAUUUCCUUAUCAUAAAAAUAAAGUGUCUCCAAAUGU